AUGCCAGUCAUGAGCGCGCCUUGCACAGACGCGACCAGGCGGAGGCACAGGAGUACGCCGGCAGCAGCCCCAUACCCUUCGCUUGUGCUCUUGUUCAUUUCACUUUUGCUACUACUGCUGCUGCAGCAACGGCACCAGGCAGCGGCAUCUGCAGGGGCAAAGUGCCCCUUCAACAGCACUAUCAAUCGUGCCCCCGCCCUUUGGAGCGCUUCCCCUGGAUUUUUACUGCCAGCUGCGCGGUGGGGCAUGCCUGCAUGCAGCAGCAGCAGCAGCAAGCGCAGCAGCAGGAGCAGCAUAACCCGAGACUGUACCCGCAGGAGUGGCAGUUCCGGGGUUGACUGGCACUUCAAUAACAAGCGGAAUUUCGUCGGAGUGCGAUCAUUGGCACCAAGCAAUUCACACAACAGCUUCCUACAGGAGCCGCAGCAUCACGACGAUGAGAUACCUCAGAUCGACUUGGCUCGUGCGCUGCAGUUACUCGAGGCUGCUAGUUCAGGAGGACCCGCCUUUGGCGCGGAAGCGGCCAUCUGGGGCCCCCCAGGUAACGGGGCCCCCCAGAAUAACUCUUCCCAACGGAGCAUGGGAGAGAAGAAGCGGCUGGCUGUUAUAUUCAACUGCAUGCUGCAUGCAUGUGAGCGGCAAGGAGACGCCCUGGGGGGCUUUGAGGUGUACAGACAGAUGAGAGCCACGGGGGCCCCGCCAGAUGAGGCAACCUUCCACAGCGUUGCUGCUCUCAUGGAAAGAGCAGGGGAGUAUAACGGAAUGCUUAAGCUCCUGGAGCACAUCGAGGCAGAAGGUCACGAGCCUUCCUUGGCGGUACUUGGCCUUGCAAUUAGCUGCUGCAGCAAAGCGGGAGCUGCUGAUGCUGCUCUGCAGCGAGCGCAGCAACUGCAGCGGCGAAUCCGUGCUGCUGCAGCUGCGGCAGCCCCGGCAGCAGCAGCGGCAGUGGCUGCUGCUAGCGCUGGGCUGCAGCACGAAGCGGAUGCAGUGGCAACAGCAGCGGAAUUGUUGCAGCAGGCCUUGCCUUCGAGCGUGUAUUCAGCUCUUGUUUGCUGCUGCGCUGCCACCGGCAGAUACGACAAGGCUGUCGAACUGUACUCGGAGUUUGCUGCUCUAAGGCAGCAGCAGGAGGUGCUACAGCAGCGCGUCGCCCAACAGAAGCAACAACAAAGGCAGCAGCAACAGCAACAACAGCAACGGGUGGACCAAGAUCCGAAGGAACUAGAGCCUGAAGUGCUGCAGCACCUGCAGCAGCUUUUACAGCGGGACUCGUACCUGCCAACAGUAGCAGUAGUGAACGCAGCUAUUGCUGCAGCUGCAGCAACAGGAAGGCUGCAGCUGGCCAUGUCUAUCUACAGGCGUGAUUUGCUUCAGUUGCAGCAGCAGCAACAGCAACAUGGCCAGGACCAGCUCUCACAAGAAAUAUUCGGGAGCUGCAGUGCAGCGGAGGCCCACGCCCCCAGCACGCAGACUUUCUUGCUGCUGCUGACUGCUGCUGCAGCGCAGCAGAGCAGUAGCACUGUAGACGUGCUACUGCGCGACUUUGAGGAUCAGCAACAGCAACGACAACAGCAGCAGCUGCAGCCUCUCGAUGCUGCUGCAGUCUACGCAGCAGCGGCAGAAGGGCUUGCUGCGGGGGGCAGGUGGAAGGAAGCGCUGCAGCUGCUUUUGCAUUCCCAUGCUGACCGGCAGCAGCAGCAAAAGCAGGCUCUCCAGCAACUGCAGCAUCUGAUCAGUACGCAGCAGCUCCUCGGGCAGCAGCAGCAGCAGCAGCAGCAGCAGCAACGGCAGCCGCUGCUGCUACAGACCUUUCCGCCAUGUGGCAGUGUCACACCAUACCUCGCCAUUCUGCGGUGCUGCACUGCAGCAGCAGCGCCAAGAGAAGCGCUUGGCCUGCUGCGGCUUCUACAGCAGCGGCAUCAGCAGCAGCAGGAGCUGUUUCUGCUGCAACAAGAACUGCAGCAGCAGCAAGACUCCUUAGCGGAUGCGGUGGCAGCCGUCCCCCCUGAGUUCCCUUUAAGUGCAUAUUUUGAGGUAAUGGCAGCAGCAGCAGCAGCGGCAGAUUGGCAGCUGUUGCUCUCGGUUGCUGCGGAAUUUGAAUCUCCCAAGGUUCAGCAACAAAGCGCUGCAGCAGCAGUAGCAACGGCUGCUGCAGCUGCUGCUGGCACCAGCAGAACCACCGGAGACCCCAACACACGUUCUGCUGCUGCUGCUGCUACACGGCGUGACGGGGUAGCGGCAGCAGCUGCUUCAAGAGCUUCUGCUGCACUGUCACAGCAGCACAUUCCCCUGGAGCACAGGGUGCGUAUUGCAGCCCUAAAGCUUAAAGCGCUGCUUCAAACUGGCAACAACGCUGCAGCAGAAAAUCAGAGGCAUGAACUGCUGUUGCUACUUGAGGACAGCAGCAACAGCAAGAGCGCAUUGGCGCAGGCGCGGUCGGCUGCUAUGCUGGCCGGGCAGCAGCAGCAGCAGCAGCAAGAACCCGAAGAUGAUCCUCUUGCUAGCGAUGCCUUAAAUCUCGCGGAGAAACUACUCGGCCCACUGCAGCAGCAGCACCACCAGCCCGGAGGUCCGCGGCUGCAGCUGCACGAGCGCCAGGCCCGGCAAGAGCUGCAGCGGCAGCAGCACCAAGGAAUGAUACUGCAACAAAUCCGGCAACACGAACAACAGCAGCAAAAGCAGCAGUAG